CUUGUUGCUGGCUGUCCGCGCCGUCAUCACCGUCGUCCCGCCGGCACGUUGAGCGAAGUCGCUGGACCCUGCUCUUCCGCACUGACGUCGAUCGUCAAGCUCCCCAAGCUUCGUCUCCAUCUCUCAUCAACAAGGGCUCCCCGACAAACACGCAACGAUGCCACUGCAUUUACUCGGCAAAAAGUCAUGGAACGUCUACAACCCUGCCAACAUCGAGCGCGUCCGGCGCGACGAAGCUGCCGCCCAAGCUAGAGACGAAGAGCGCGACCGUCGCUUAGACGACUACGAUGCAGCAUGCCGAGCUGCGACACUACGGGGCCUGCCGCCUCCAUCCCCGCCGCCAGAUUUGGAAGAACCGAGCACCGAGAAGCCACCUAAGAACGAUGGCGGGUCGCGAAUCAAGCGGCGAAAGCUGGCGGGCGAGGAUGACACGGAUCGCGACAUUCGGGUGGCGCGGGAGAUGGAAGAGAGGAAUCGCGCGGCAAAGGAACAGCUCAUCACGUAUGGAGAUCAGAAAAAGACCGCGACGGACAUGCCGCUGAUCGAUCAUGCUGGGCAUAUCAACUUAUUUCCUGUGGACCCGAAGGCUGCCAAGAAAGCAGAGAAGAAUUCUGAGCAUGAAGCAGAAAAAGCGAGGAAGGAGCGAGAGCUUGAGGACCAGUAUACAAUGCGGUUCUCAAACGCAGCGGGUAGGGACGGCCAGGGCAAGCCAUGGUAUACCAACAAGGCUAGGUUGUCUCAUCACUCGGGAACUGAGGUCCUUGACGAGGAAGUCGAAGAGCCUGGCAAGAAUGUCUGGGGUAGGGAAGACCCUGGAAGAAAGGAUCGGGACAAGGCGCGCAUGAGCACGACAGACCCCCUAGCGUUCAUGAAAAGGGCCCAAAUACAACUAAAAGAUGCCGAGAAGGAUCGCAAGCUCUUUGCCGCCGAAAGAGAGAAAGACAUCCUUGACUUGAUUGCGGAUGAAAAGGAAAAGGCAAGGUCAGAAGGUAGGAGAAGGAAGUCUCGUCGAGAGCACGCAGAUGACUAUGACCACGUAGAUGAGGAUAGGCGGCCUCGUGAGCAUCGCUCAUCGCGGCACCACCACCGGAGCAGGAGCCGAGAUCGUCAUCGACACAAGUCGCAUCGUGACAGAAGUAGAAGCCCUCGCGGUGAGCGGCACAAGUCGCACCGUAGCCGGAGCAGGAGUCGGGAAAAGGACCGGCAUAGGUCACGGCGUGACAGAAGUAGAAGCGCAGAUGGUGAGCGUCACAGCUCGCAUCGCAACUCGCAUCACAACUCGCAUCGCAGCUCGAGGCACCGGGAGAGUGAGUCACAUUAUGAGUCCGGUAGAUGGAGCGAGGGAAUGGAUCGAUAAAUAUAUCCAUGUUUCAGUGGAUGACUGAAAUAGUAAUUGAUAUGCA